AGCUCUGGGUCGCUGACCGGGAGGAGAGGAGCUGGGUCUCUCCCCUUGGCGUGGAAGCGUUGCCCAGCUGGACCCUUCUGGCAUGCUCCCCACUCGGAACGGGAUGACUUAGGCUCUCAGAUAAGGGGACACCGCGAGGUCCCAGGAUCCCCGCCACGAGGAGAAACAGAGGCGACUGGCUUAGGAUAGCGGUUGGACGGGUUGGGGAGUUGGGGUUAGUGAUCAGGAAGAGGACCACAGUUUUUCGUUUUCUGUCUUGGGAAUGACAGCCCGCCCCGGGGAGAGAGAAGUUAUCAGGCCCCGCAUCUCUCGGAGCCCUUGAUCGUCGUCCCGGCCCUCGCGGAUCCUCAGGCCCCCUCCUCCAGGAACCCAGGGAGUCAACCCAGCCUCACUCGCUUAGGGCAUGAGUCGGCAGGGGAAGGACAGCUCGGCGGUGCCCCCUGCGCGCAGCGCGCCGCGGACUGCGUCCCCGGCACCCGCCCCGCCCCCGGCGCCCGGCUCUCGGCCACCCUCCCCACCGCCCGCAUCGGCUCACGCCCGGGGCGCAGCUCGUCUCCUAUCCCGGCCGGGGGAGCUCCGCGUCUCCGCCGCGCCUGCUGGGGCCGGGCGGGCUCAGAGCCCGAGAAUGGACGCCGAGGAGCCACGGGAACCCAGAGAGCCCGGGCCUGGGGCAGAGACGGCGGCAGCGCCACGCUGGGAGGAAGCCAAGACUUUCUACGACAACGUCGCACCCAAGAAGAAACCCAAAUCGCCCAGGCCCCAGAAUGCGGUCACCAUCGCUGUGUCCUCCCGAGCCCUGUUCCGCAUGGACGAGGAGCAGCGGAUAUACACAGAGCAGGGCGUGGAGGCAUACGUGCGCUACCAGCUGGAGCACGAGAACGAACCCUUCGGCCCCGGACCUGCCUUCCCCUUCGUGAAGGCUCUGGAGGCUGUGAACAGGCGGCUGCGCGAGCUGUACCCGGACAGUGAAGACCUCUUCGACAUUGUGCUCAUGACCAACAACCACGCUCAAGUGGGCGUCCGCCUCAUCAACAGCAUCAACCACUACGACCUGUUCAUCGAGAGGUUCUGCAUGACGGGUGGGAACAGCCCCAUCUGCUACCUCAAGGCCUACCACACCAACCUCUACCUGUCAGCCGAUGCAGAAAAGGUGCGGGAGGCCAUUGAUGAGGGGAUCGCAGCUGCCACCAUCUUCAGCCCCAGCAAGGAUGUGGCCGUGUCCCAGAGUCAGCUGCGCGUGGCCUUCGAUGGGGACGCUGUGCUCUUCUCGGACGAGUCGGAGCGCAUCGUGAAGGCCCAUGGGCUGGACAGAUUCUUCGAACAUGAGAAGGCUCACGAGAACAAGCCACUGGCACAGGGCCCCCUAAAGGGCUUCCUGGAGGCGCUAGGCCGGCUGCAGAAGAAGUUCUAUGCCAAGGGCCUGCGGCUGGAGUGCCCGAUCCGCACCUACUUGGUAACAGCCCGCAGCGCGGCCAGCUCCGGGGCCCGGGCUCUCAAGACACUGCGUAGCUGGGGCCUGGAAACGGACGAAGCCCUGUUCCUGGCUGGUGCACCUAAGGGCCCUCUCCUGGAGAAGAUCCGCCCACACAUCUUCUUUGAUGACCAGCUGUUCCACGUGGCUGGGGCUCAGGAGAUGGGCACCGUGGCUGCCCACGUGCCUUAUGGCGUGGCACAAGCGCCCCGACGAACUUCACCCACAAAGCAGGCCCCACCUGAGCAGUAGUCAAGCUGCCUUGCUCUGGGCUCCCCAUCGCAACAUGAUGGACCCCACAUCCUGUGGACCCUGUUAGCUCCUUCUGCAUGUCUGCUUCGUCCCCAUGAGUGAGGGGACUUGUAGAAAGUUAGGGGUCUGGGCCAGUAUUCUCAUCAUCCCUCCUUUUGGGCAAACACUGGGCUGUGAUCCUGGACAAAAUGGCUGGAUCUCAGGGAGAAGCUGGUGGGGCUGAGGACCACAGAAGCCAGU